AUGCCGGGCGGAACCAGCGGUUUCGUCACGGAUGAAUCACGAGAAAGCUUUUGGCCUGUUGGGGGGGAGAUGGAGCUUCAACUUUUUCAGCACUGCAUCGACUGGUCUUCCAGACGGCUAGACGUGCUGGAAAAGAAAGAACGGAAGAAUGAGAAGACUGAGAAGAAGGAGCGGAAGGAGAACUGUGCAGCUGAAGGAUUCGUGUCGCCGGUCUCGGUCGACCUCCUGCGGCACCGGAAAAAGGGGCGGUCUCGGUCGAGGACCAGCGAUGCUUUAGGACCGAGCGCUUCAUGGCGAGGCGAGCGCAAGAAGAAGGAGGACUUUCAAGCCAAGCUGGUGGCUGAGGAGGGCAAAGAUAUUUUCGGCGCGGACCCGGAGCUCACGGUGCAGCUGGUGGCCACCGCGGAGCAGUCGGGCUGGCAGGAGCAGAAGAAUCGUGCUGUGGAGUUGGUCCAGAGGAGGCUCCUGGAAUCUGCCCGGGCCUUGAAAGCCUCCUCAGAUGAGGCCAUCAGUGGGGUGCGCUUCCUGGCGCGCGCCUUCUCGGAGGCGGAGAAAGCGAAGUGCUCCGUGGAGGCCUCGCUGAAAGAUGCCUUGAAUCAGCUGGAGGGAAGUGGAGACGAGCUGGUGCCAUUGGUCCGUGUGAUAGCCUGGUGUCAGGAUCUGAAAUGGCUACUGAAAUCAGCGCAGAAGAAGCUCAACGAGUGGCUGAAGAAGUGGGAUGCCGGCCCGGAACACGCUCCCAAGGACGCUGAGAAGGCUGCGGAGGAAGCUCAGAAGCUGGAUGCGAAGGAAAUUGGUGAAAAGAUCCAGGCAAAGCUGAACGCCGAUGCGAUCUUCAAAGCGGCGACCGACGCGCCCGCCGACGCCGAGAAGGCAUUGAAGGCCUACGAGCAAUCAGCGAAGCGCUCGGAGAACUUGCGGAAGCAGGCAUUGAAGAUGCUGACGCGCACUCUGGAGGAGGCCAAACAAUCUGGAGAUGAGAAGCAGCUGACGUUGCUACGGGAUCAGAAGCACCAGAAGACGGUGAGCGACCAAGCCGGACAUUUGCUAAGCCUCAUGUCGCAGCUCCCCACCCGCUUGGCCGCUGGAGAUUGGCCAGGCGACGUUUUCAUGACGGAUGAUGGUAUGGUUUCCUUAGCAUACCGGCAUGCCGCCAUGAAGAGUGCUAGGUUGUGUAUUCCAUGCCGUGCCAUGAGUGCUGGGUGGUGGAUGCUGAAUGAUAAACACAAUGAAUAA